GCUUGGUCUGUUGGUAUGCCGACACACCUGUUUCCAGGAGGUCUCCACUUCAUAGUGAACGUGUCCUAUGUGCCACAUCCUGAGCGGAACAGGAGAGAGGAGAAAAGGACAGAAAAGAGGUACACAAUGUCAUUUCCUGGCGAAUUCCUGUCAGAGGAGCAGUUUACCUGCUCUAUUUGCUUAGACGUCUUCACCAAUCCUGUCUCCAUACCCUGCGGUCACAGCUUCUGCUCAUCAUGCAUCACGUCCUACUGGGAGGGCCAGGGAAAAAGCUGCUUCUGUCCUCUGUGCAAGGAAAGCUUCCGCAAGCGUCCCGAGCUCCACAUCAAUCACACGCUCAAGGAGAUCACAGAGCAGUUUAAACGGAUGGCCGAGACUACGAUGAGCGCACCAAGGAGCGCACCUGCAGAUUCACCCUCUAACCCAUUCUCUGCACCCAAGCCUGUGGUGCAGAACAGGCUGCCCAGUGGCCUCCUGCCAGAAAUGAGGAGCCGCUUCCAAAAAAAUGAGCCUUUGACAUCCAACGAUGCUCCUUCUCUCCCUCCUACCAAGACACCUAAGCGAAACUUUAGCGUUAGUGGAGUGAAUUCCAUUGGGCCACAGUGUCCCAUACAUGGGCAUAGUUUGGAGCUGCUCUGUAAGACUGACCAGAUGUGUAUUUGCACGACAUGUGCAGAGAGGGAACAUUACGGGCAUUCUGUCAUAGAAGCCAAGAGAGAGAUGAACAUCAAGAAGUCUCAGCUGCGUAUCUUGGAGGUGGAGCUACAAGGAUUGAUCACAGUCCGUGAGAGGAAGAUAGAGGAGAUCCAGACGUCACUUGCAGAAAUUCAAGUGAAUGCAGAGCGAGAGAAAGCAGGUACAGCGAGUAUGUUUGCUGAGUUAACGCAAGCUGUUGAGAAGUCCCAGGCAGAACUUCUGGAAGUGGUGGAGAUGGGACAGCGGGCUGCAGAACUUCGCUCUCAGGCCUUCAUACGUGACCUGCAGACGGAGAUCUCUGAACUCAGAAAUAGAUGCAGCACCAUCAAUCAGUUGACCCAGUCCCAAGAUCAUGUUUCCUUCUUCAAGACAUAUCCAGGUUACAGUAGUUUACCUGAGACAAGGAGCUGGGAAGAAGUGGCCUUGACCCCUGACCCCACUGCAGGAGCAGUCCUGAGAAAUGUCACUCAGAUGGUGGAGGAGGUUCAGGAAGCCUUGAGAAGACUGUCUGCAAUCUGUUUGCGACCUUCCACAGGAAACCCACAGGAAAUAUAUCAACAAAAAGUGUGGAGAGUGCAAGAAUAUGCAAUGGACGUGACCCUGGAUCGAGACUCAGCCCACCCGCGUCUGAUUAUCUCUGAUGAUUGCAAACAGGUUCACUGCAGUGACCGCUACCAGACGGUGCCAGACACAAUUGAGCGGUUUGACCGUGUGGUUUGUGUACUUGGACGCCAAGGUAUAAGCUCCGGCUGCCAUUACUGGGAGGUUGUGGUGGGUGAGAAGACGGACUGGGAUUUGGGCAUUGCUAGUCGCUCCAUCAACAGGAAAGGAAAAAUAGUCGCAAACCCAGCUAAUGGAUUUUGGUUUUUAAGUCUACGAGACAAGCAUGAAUACGUCUUCCGCACAGAACCAUCGGUGGCUAUAGUUGUACACCCAAAACCACAGCGGGUCGGCGUGUAUGUGGACUUUGAAAAAGGUCAAUUGUCCUUUUAUAAUGCAGAUACAAAGUCACUGAUAUUUACCUUCACAGACUCCUUUGCAGAUAUUUUAUAUCCUUUUUUCAGCCCAUGCACAAACAAAUCUGGAAAAAACGAUGCCCCGCUUAUCAUAUGUCCUGCCUAUUGAGCUAACCCAGUCUGACGGACUGAAAAAUAAAAGAAUAGUGGGAUGUGUGUGAAAAAAAAGCUUAAUUCCCGCCCAACAUUAUUUAAUUCCAAAUGACGCGAAUUAAUAUGGUUUUAAUUUACAAUCCAUGAGAUCAUUUCAUUUAAUCUUUUUUUUAUAUAUUCAAGAAAACAUUAAACAGUUAAUCCUAAUAGACUAUUUGAUUAUACUUAAAACAAUAAUUAUGAAGUGUAAAUGAUUGCCAAGGCUUGAAAUUUGGGAUUCAGUUUGACACCGAAUACAGGAUUAGAUGGUGAUGGAGAUCUGAUUGUAAAAUAACCUACCUUUAGUAUUUAGCUCGAACAAGCAUAAACAUUUAUCAUAUUAAAAUAUUCAAAUUUUGUACAUCAUAAAACAAAAAUAAAUGUGAAUAUACAGUAUAUAGGCAACUGCAUCUCUUCUAUUUCAAUGUUGUCUUUACUCUCUGGUUUUCUAGAGUUCAUAUUAUGGGAUUAUGGUUAUGGAGGACAAAGGCCAAAAGAGUACAGUACAGCAACAGUAGCUGCGGCUUUAAAGAGAUAGCUCACCCAAAAAUACAUCAGUUCAGCAAAUUCAA